CGGAGGAUAUUUGAUAUGGCAAAGCAUCGAACCAAGCGAUCUUCUUUUAUCUCAACUGGAGUGAAAGUCUGCCCUCAAGAAUCAGUGAAGCAAAUUUUAGCAAGCCACCAAGCUUAUUAUAGGCUAAGAGUUUGCCAGGAAGCAGUUUGGGAGGCUUUCCAGAUCUUUUUGGAUCGGAUUCCAGGUACAACUGAAUAUCAGAACUGGGUGACAGCUUGUCAAAGAGAAACUUUCUAUAUAUUUGACAUUGGGAAAAAUUUUAGUAAUUCCCAAGAACACCUGGAGAUAAUUCAAAGGCGAGUAAAGCAUAGAACAUUCCAGGAUAGAAAAGAGGACAUUUCUCCAGAAAAAUCCAGUGGCAAAAAACCCGAAGAACCGUCUUCUGUUAUUACAGCACCCCACAAUACCCUUGUGAAUGAGAUUGUCAAUGACACCAAAACACCAGGAAAGGAACUAAAGCCAGAAGUUCCAAACAUCAUUUCCAAGCUGCCUGUGGAGCAAACGGUGGAGUUCAGUGUCACUCUCAGCAACCAGGAAUAUACACCAGACUUGAAUAACCCCGGUUCUCCUCUGUAUCAGAAACUAGCAGCAAAAUAUCAGCUCCAGAUGCAAAAGAUAUUUGAAAAACUUGAAGGUUUCAAAGAAAUUCGCAUCUUAGGAUUUAGACAGAAGAAGGAAAAAGAUGGGACAAGCAGCACUGUGGCACAAUAUAUUGCCAACUUUGAAAGAGAUGGUUCAGAACUACCUGCGGAUGGUACUGACGUCAAAAAAAUUGAAAGCGAGAAGAGCAUUCUUGGCGAAGAGAAGGAGAUACCUACAUUUGUACCGAAAAUAGCAGACCUUCAGCAGAUGGUUGCCAUGCUCUUACAAGAAGAUAAAUCAUUAUUCAUGGACUUUGAAACACUCCAGUUUAAGGAUGAAAUCAUCAGGCCAUCUACUGAUAUAAAUAAUGAUAUGCAGCCAAUGGUAACAGAUGCUCUAGCUGGAGCUGAAUUGGUGGAAAUCACCAGUCAGAAGAUUGAAGAAGAAAUGACAAAAUAUCCAAUUUCCAUCAUCCUCCCUGAGCAAGUGGAAAAGACUACAGAACAACUGGAAUCUUCGGGGGAGGAGGUUUUGCUGCCCUUGACCACAAUGCCAGCUGUCAUUCACUCCACCGUUCUUCCAAGAGAUGAUAUUUUAGAGCCUACAGAUCAGUUGACUUUAUUGCCAGCAGAUACCUCCACUGGCCCUUCCACUGACAUAAACCAAUUUUUGGAAGCCACAAGCUCCAUGUGGGCAACCUCAGAUGGUUUUGAAAUGGGAGUGCAGGACCUUGCCACUGAGUUAGUUAUCACUGACAUGAUGGCCCCAGUGACAGUGGAGGAGGAGGAGGAGGAGGGAAGUGGCUACCAUACAUUGCCAGAAACCCCAGGUAUGACUCCAGCUCCUUCCCUGAAGUAUAUAACCACAAGCUCCAUGACAGCUGCAAUCCAAGGCCAAGAGCUGGUGGUAUUCUUCAGCUUGAGGGUGACCAACAGGCGCUUUUCCAAUGACCUCUUCAAUCAGAGUUCCCCUGAGUACAAAGCACUUGAACAACAGUUCGUACAGCUGCUGGUUCCCUAUCUACAAUCCAAUCUUACAGGAUUUAAGCAGUUGGAAAUACUGAAUUUCCGCAAUGGAAGUGUGAUUGUAAAUAGCAAAAUGAAGUUUGUGGAGUCAGUGCCAUACAACAUCACAGAGGCUGUUCACUGUGUGUUGGAAGAUUUCUGCAAUGCAGCUGCUCGGCGUCUUAACUUAGAAAUUGACAGCUCUUCUCUUGAAAUAGAGCCAGCGGAUCAAGCAGACCCUUGCAAGUUCUUGGCAUGUGAUGAAUUCUCACGGUGCCUAAAGGAUGACUGGACAAAGGAGGCAAUUUGUCUUUGUAAACCUGGUUAUGCAAGAAAAGAAGGCCUGCUUUGCCAUAGCAUAUGCGAGACAGAGCCAAACAUUUGUGCUAACGGUAGCAAAUGCGAAUUGGUUCCGGAAAAAGGUGCAGUGUGUAGGUAUGUCCCUUUAUUAUAAGGUUGAUCAUGAAUAUUAAUGGUACCAUGGAUAUGGAUAAGUGCAGUGGCAAUUAUUUUGCAAUUCUCAAAUGGCAUUAAUGUUUGCUUGGAUUGUCAGUAUGAGAAGAGAACAUUCUGCAUGCAGAUUUUGUGCUCUGUUAUUAAACAAAGUUUCCCAUUCAAACU